GGAGGAGGAGGAGGAGGAGGAGGAGGAAAACAACCAGCUGGCCUUCCUGGAUGUCCUCGUCUGCCGCAAAGAUUGUGGUGGCCUAUAA